AUGUCCCCCAGAGUCGGUCGCUGGUGGUGGCGGGCUGCGGUCCGCGUGUCUCUGCUCCUGUCAGCGGCGGGUCUACUUCUCACUCGACCCUCCUUCACGUCUCGCCUGGAGGCGGACUUCCCUCGCCAUGAGCCCGCCACACUCGCGCACUUCCUCGCAGACUUCACCAACUACCCGAGCGUGUACACGCACAUCAGCGGUCCGUGGCGCGUGAUAGAGGAGCAGAGCAACCUGACGUGGUGGAAGUACACGGUGUCGUACGAGUGUGGCGCGCGGUGUGAGGCUCGCCUGCAGCUGGUCCACACGCAGGCUCCGCGCGAGCACCGCGUGCUGGUGAGGGAGGAGCGCUGCUGGUGGCCGCCGCUGGUGUCGUGGCCGCGGGUGUGCGAGGACACUCACACCGACACCUCGGUCAGGGGUCGCGGGGCGGCGGGCGGGGGGGCGCGCCUCACUGAGGUCAGUGUGUCCAGCUGCGGACUCCUCGCUGCACUGACCACCUCCUGCGGGGCGCUCGACCGGGACGACAUCCUCAACAACUGGAGGAGAACACUCGCCUCGAGGUCCAACCCAUAG